CAAACAAACUCACCCUCUUCUUUCUCUAUAUAAACACCCUUUCUUUCUCUCUAUCUUCUGCUUCACUUUUAUCUAUCUCUCUCUCUUCCAAAUUUUGCAUCUUUCUCUCUCACUCACACCAACCAUGGUGGACCUUCAAACCGUUUGCUGCAUGUGUGGUGACGUUGGCUUCCCUGACAAGCUUUUCCGCUGCAGCAAAUGUCGUCACCGAUUCCAACACUCGUAUUGUAGCAACUACUACCGGGAAAUGGUUGAGAUUGAGAUAUGCGAUUGGUGUCAAAGUGAGAGGAGAAACUACACAAGACAUCAUGGUAAUUCGAAGAAAUCGGUGGCCGGAAGUCACAGCGGAGGGACGAGUCGAUCGGAAUAUUCCGGUGAGAAGAUCAAGCAGCAUGAGGAGAGUGGUUCGAGCUUGGAGAAGGGGAAGGGUCCUGCUCCUUCACCAAGACCCUCCACACGAAGGUACAAGCUUCUCAAGGAUGUAAUGUGUUGAAAAAGGAAACAAGAAACAAAGACAUCCUUAAGCGGCAAGAGAAUAGAGUAUAUAUACUAUCAGUGUUUCUUAGGCUUCUCAAAAGGGUUUAAUAAUCUAGUUUAGUAAUAAGUUUAUAAAAAUAGUAGUAGUAGUAGCUUUGUAAACACUUUGCUUAUGCGUGUUCUCUACUUGUUUUUUCGUUAUAUAAUAAGUGUCCCUUUUGUGAAUAGAAGAAGAAGCACGAAGCUUCAAGUUGAAUGUAUUAGCAGUCACAAAAAUCUACUUAUAUAUGAUGUUAGUUUCGACUCAA